ACGCGCGCUCACGCACGUGGUAAGCCCAGGCUUCAUAAACAAGCCGCUGCCACUUAGUUGCUCAGUAUUUCCACUGAUCCCACAUCAGUGCAGCGGCUCAGAGAAGAUGGCACUGGCCGACACAGAGCGCGGAGUGUCCAGCUGCGGGGACUCGGGUUCCCCGUUUUCAGAGAUUAUUGAGCUAAAUGUCGGCGGACAGGUUUAUGUCACCAGACACAAAACUCUCAUCGCCGUGCCAGACUCGCUGCUGUGGAACAUGUUCAGCAAGAAGUCACCCAAGGAGUUGGCGAGGGACAGCAAAGGGCGCUUCUUCUUGGACAGGGACGGGUUCCUGUUCCGCUACAUCCUAGAUUACCUCCGAGACCUGAAUUUGGUCCUCCCGGACUACUUCCCGGAGAAAAGUCGACUGCAGAGGGAGGCUGACUUUUUCCAGCUGCGGGACCUCGCUAAGCGCCUAAGCCCCCGGGUGAGUAAGGACAAUUCAAUCAGCGAGGAGAUCAGCCAGAGCGACACGGAGGAGGGUGCGCAGCAGUGCGGCUCCUCCAGCGGCAUGGAGACUUUACGCGCCAUGUCGGUCAGCGGGGCGAUGCGCUCCCCGUCACUGGACUCCAGAAAGUCGGGCUAUAUCACGAUAGGAUACCGCGGCUCGUACACCAUUGGCAGAGACAUCCAAACCGACGCCAAAUUCAGGAGAGUGGCGCGCAUCACGGUGUGUGGGAAGACGUCUCUGGCCAAAGAAGUGUUUGGGGACACGCUGAAUGAGAGCAGAGACCCGGACAGGCCUCCAGAGAGAUACACAUCCCGAUACUAUCUCAAGUAUAAUUUUCUGGAGCAGGCAUUUGACAAGCUGACAGAGGUGGGCUUCCACAUGGUGGCCUGCAGCUCCACAGGCACCUGCGCCUACACCAGCAAUGAUCCAAACGAGGACAAAAUUUGGACAAGCUACACUGAAUAUGUCUUCUGCCGGGAUUAACCAACAGUAAACAAGUCGAGUUGAUGUAAAUAGACAUUUCAUGACCUAGAGGGGAAUGUCUUUAAAUAGUGUUGCAUUUGCUGUGUUGAAUGGUACUAAUUGUAAAGGACGAGUGACUGCAAAAAUAUUGCUCCAUUAUUCUGAGAAUAGCUAAAUAGCAGUAUUACCACUUCUGUGGUCAAACCAGAGACACAAACUGCCAUUAAACAGAGUCUACACAAAUUAAAAAAUGGAAUUUAAAUGUUCAAAGUGAAUAGAGCAUCAUUUGAGUUUGACACACCCAUCCAAAAGUCUUGCGUGGGAAAAAAAAAACACCAACAAAAUGCCAUCAUCUCCACCUCAUAUAACUGCAUAUCAAUGUUUCAGUCAUAUCUGACUCAGUGCUGCUUGUAUUGAAAGGCAUCCAAGAACAGACAAGCAGCAAUUAGUAUUCAGUGUCAUUGUUACUUCUAGGCUUGCUCUAUCACAUGUUUGACCAAGUUUUUGUAUUAUCUAAUAGGCUCUUAUACAGUUCUACAGUUCAGUUCUAUCACUGACAUGGUUGUAAGUGUAUGUACUUGCUUGGUAGACUUGUAUUUGUUAAACUUGUUCAGAUGAAAUAAAAUCUUGUACUCGGCUAUUCUCA